CAAUUGGUGUAGAGCCGAGAUGCCAGCAGCAUAUUGGGCCGGACAUUCUCUCCGUCUCAACUCAGGUUCGUUGAACCCUCUCUUCUCCCCUCACCACCACACCACUCCGUGCCUCCCGAUCUCACCACCGCCUCGCGAUCUCCCCGCCGCCGCCAUGGCUUUCUCCGCGCGGAGGAGCCUCGCCACCAGCCUGUCACACCACUUCUCCGGCCGCCUCUACCCCUCUAUCUCGCAACGCGUUCCUUCCCACCACGAGCACUCCGACCCCGCUCCCUCCCCCUCCCCCGUGCCGCAGCCUCGGCCCCAAUCGUCGCAGCAACCCGCACCACCGUUCCCCUCCGCGCUUCCUCGGCCGUCGAGAUCCCGGGCCCUGGCCCCCUUCCCCCUCCCUUUCGCUCUCCACCUCGCGGCCCACCGCUACUCCUCCGCCCCGGCCCCCGACUCGGAGGUCUUGUCGGACUCCGCCGCCGCGGCCCCUGUGUCGGAGCUGCUCUCCGAUGGGGUGGCGUCAGCUGCCGCGUCCGUCUCCACGCCGCCGUUGCCGUACCCCGGGGAGGUCGCUGCCGCCGCGGCCGAAUCAUUUCCACCCGUCGCGGCGCUGCAGCACCUGCUGGACGCCGUUCAAUCCUUCACCGGCCUCAACUGGUGGGCGACUAUUGCGCUGACGACGUUGAUGAUCCGGCUGGCGACUGUCCCGCUGCUGAUCAACCAGAUGAAGUCCAUGAUGAAGUUAAAUGAGAUGAGACCAGAAAUUGAAGCCAUCAAUGAAGAGAUGCGAAAUUCAACUGAUCCAAGGUCAAUGGAAGUGGGGAAACAGAAACUGGGGGAGCUAUUCCUUAGACAUGGAGUGACUCCAUUGACACCAUUGAAGGGUCUAUUCAUACAGGGACCUAUAUUUAUGAGCUUUUUCUUUGCUAUAUCAAAUAUGGUUGAGAAAGUCCCUUCUAUGAAAGGAGGUGGUGUGUAUUGGUUUACUGAUUUGACAACUCCUGAUAAUUUAUUAAUCCUCCCAGUGUUAACAUCACUGACCUUUUUGGCUACAGUAGAGCUUAAUAUGCAAGAUGGCAUGGAAGGGAAUCAUAUGUUAAAACCAAUGAAAAAGUUCUCCCGGUUUUUUGGAGUUUUGUUUGUUCCAUUUACAAUAGGCUUUCCAAAGGCAAUUUUCUUUUACUGGGUCACAUCAAACUUUUUCUCACUUGUUUACGGUGCUGUUCUCCGGAAUCCGGCUGUAAGACUCUUCUUAAAUCUUCCUCGCUUGGAAUCUCAGCCCACAACUGCAGAAGUCCAGCCCUUAAACCUAUCGGGCGGACCAGAGCCAAGUCCUGGAGUCGAUUCUCCUAUCACAGAUAAGGAAACUGAGCAGUCGAGUUCUGUGCUAAGUCCUGGAGUCGAUUCUCCUAUAGCAGACAAGGAAUGUGAGCAGUCGAGUCCUGCGGUGAGUCCUGAAGUCAAUUCUCCUAUGGUGGACAAGGAAAGUGAGCAGUCGAGUUCUGUGUUAUGUGACCGUAUCAGAGAUCUUGAGAUCAGGGCUAAAGCAACGGGUGAAUCUCGAGAGUAAAUUCGUGAUUUGUCCACAUGGAAGUAAGCAAGCACAUCUCCUUUGGGGGUUUCUGGUACUUUUUUUUUUGUUGGGAGCAAAGGAUACCCAGUAGCGAGGUAUAAUUUUGAAGAGUCCGCGGUUUUUCGAAAUAUAACGGCCCACCAUGUUUCCGUGAAUAAAUUGGUGUAGUAUAUUGGCUUGUAAAAUCGUUGCACGGUAUGAUAUAACCUUGUACUACUAGCUAACAUUAGCCAUGAUGUUCCUUGGAUUAAGCAUAUUGUUGCUAUUGAGCGGCACACGACAUGUUUGUCUAAUAUUUGCUUCAUGCUGAAAGCUCAAAUGAGUGAUAACUGUUUCUGUACAUUUGCGAUGUUGUCAAUUUUCGAGAGCUGAAGUUGUAA